GCAGUUUAAAAGUCGAAAUAGAUGUCCAAAAGGUGCCAGAAAUUCAUAUUCAGAUGCUUCCAGAUGAGGGCGAUGAAAAGAAGGAACGACUCAGAGUUGCAGAGGAAAAACGAAGACGCAAUGUCAUGCCCCCAUGGAUCACCAAUUCUACUAUCUCAAGUGAGAAUAAUACCUCGCAUACUCUAGCUAACUUAGAUGCCCGGAGCAAUGCGAUAGGAAGUAGACAGCCUGGCAAUGAUGCCGUAG